ACAGAGAGCGGUUACUUACGAUUCUACAGUCAACCUCUGGACAUCCACCUGCGAGGACGGAGGUGCUCGACCUCACUCGACAUCCGGUGCAGUGACAUGAACGGUGCUUGAGAAAAAGAGAAAAAAACGAGAGACUUGUGUGUAAUUUUCAUAAUCCCUUUUUUGAUAUUUAUUUAUUUAUUUAUUUAUUUUUAAUUCAUACCGAUAUAUCUCACGGACGUUCCGGUCAAUUUUAAUGUAACGUGGAGGUCGCCGGACGGGCCGAGAAAGGACUUGUAACGCAAUCGAAACAAAUGUUCCUCACGAUGUCCAGGUAUCUCGGUCUGAUACUUAUUAUUACGGCGUUUACGCAUGCAUAUGACGCCAAGAAAUGCGAGGGCAACGGCCUAGGUCUAAAAUAUGUUUGGGGCGACGCACUCACCGAUCCGAAUGACUGUAUAGGACCAAAUAAUAUGGAAUAUCCCUCAACCGCGAUAUCGAGGAGCUUCAAGAAUUUCUGGCCGGGCAGUAGUCGAACCGCGCGAUCGCACGGACAGCCACGGACGAUUGAUCCCGAACGGACAAGGCAGGCACUUUUGUACAACUACAAAACGGCCCGCGGAGAUUAUUCCAUCGCCGGAAAUUCUCGAAAUGGCCGGUCGUUUUCCACGAAGGAAAGUUGCGGAUCGCCCGCCAGACUCUGCAAAACGAGGUACAACACCACGGCACCUAUGUACGGCAUCAGCCUUACUAGUGGACAACCGGUAACGAUCGUUCAAAAGUUUCCUGAUCUCUUGCAACAGGUUGUUUUUGAAGUCUGCGAAUCGAAGGAAUGCGACGUGGUUCACGGCGAAUGCACGCAAACCUACGUACCGUACCUGUUUCUGGUGAUUCCUCUGGGUCCAGUGACCUUGACCGGCCAGGAUUACGUGCUGGUAGAGAGCGGUUGCGUUUGCAAGCCGAGAAAUACGGCGAGCUCAUCCACCGACACGCCACCAGCUGUACCGAGCUUCUAAUCUCAUCAAAUAUCGCAAAUGUCACAAGAUUCACGGACUGUCUCUCCGCCGAAACGAGGGGAUUCGCUGCAAAUAAUUCGCCUUUUACCGGAAUGAUAUAGAGCGAUUUUGAGCCAAAAUCCUCGAAUGAUAUCUUCGGCAAUCUUCAUCGAUGCGACGCUAGAUUUAUUUCUGAAGAGAAAUCUAAUCAAAAUAUGUGGAAUUUUACUCUGGUCGAAAUAAAUAUAUCUCCUUUUUUACAAAAGAAUUAUAUUUAUUUUAAUCGA